AUGGAUCAGUUCGCACAGUCAUCUACGGUGACCCAUUCAAGAUCUACUGAAUUGAGCCGUAUACGUGAUAGCGGUCAUCAUCGUCGUCAUAUUCUUCUUGUUCUCGUUCUUCUUCGUCGUCGCCGUCGUCGUAUUUCGUCCUGUUCUUCUAUGUCAUCAAGGUCAUCAUCAUUAUCAUCCGUUGGAGGUGAUCUGACCGAUGCGAACUAUAAGAGUGAUGUCAUAAUCCCACUACACCCGGUAUUCAUCCAAAAACAACCAAUUCACCAUGUUAAUCUAUGGAGUUGUUUUUGUGUAUUCAGCUCGAUACCCAAUAUCGAAGGGAAAGGGUAUCCUGUAAAGCUGACGAAUAUGGACGGAUCUCAUUCAGGCAAGCCAUAA